GCAAGUAGUUCACGAGGUUACCGAAGAGUUCACCGCCAUCUCUGCUGCUAUCAUCGCGAUCAUCGAGUCACUCAGCGAGGAAGAGUCGCAGCAGCAGCCGUGCGUGAACUUUAUGAGCAGCGUUCAGAACGAAGAGAAGGAGAAGCUAGAGCUGGUUGUCAGGCUGCAGUUGCUCAAACAGUGCGUGCUGGACAAUGAGGGCAGUCUGAAGAUGCAGUACGAGGACGAGGAGAGACAGCUGAAGCUACGCGUCAGCGCCCUGGAAGAACGCAUCGCCGAACACAUCGAGGAGCUGCGAUACGAAAUAGCCAAUGAAUAG